UGUUGAAGGACUUCUCGACUGGCUGUGGCCAUCCCUAAUCUUUCAGUCCUACCAAUGGCGUGCGGGGUCCGUUUCAUGGACGGGCUUGUUUCUCCCCAGUCAGCACAAGGUCUCGUUCAUUCCUGCCUCACCCCUCCAUGAAGGUCAAGUCGAUCGAGUGGAUACAAGUAAGCGAGCCUCUGAUCUCGUGGCUUUGUGGCUUUGGCGGUGAGACAAACAAGUCUUGCAUCGGUCUGCUUUCGGCAAGGCAAUGGAACACCAAGCGGUGUUCUAGAAAGAGGGGGCUGGCGAGGCAUCCUAGGAAUACUCUGAGCUGGGCUUCAGCAUGGCGUCGCCAGCCUUGUUCCCUCGCACACAGUGGGCGCCAUUUUUCGGCUUGCUGGUUGGAAAGAGGCCCCAUGGGAGCGGGAAGAGCAAUGAUUGACCGCAUUCCACGAGAAACCAAGAUUCAUGCCAAUGACAGUCUGGUCUGGAGGCUGAAUCGCACUUCACAUACACACAUGGUCGAGUACGUAUGCUCGUACACAUAUCCAUUUGUCGCGAUUCCAGCGAACGAAUGGAUACCCCUAGCGCUCAGCAAAAAAACUCAAUUCCUCGCCGCCCAAUAUUUCCCUCAGCGUUGUACAUUUAUUGCGUUGCAGUUUAAGGGAAACAGUUGUUGCGAGGAGUAAACGGCAGUAUUUGUGGAGUGGCAUGAGGAGCUGAAGAUAAGGGGUUGUGCCAGCCCCUGCUUUCCAACCCCUGACGACAAAAA